UUUUUUAGGUUCGUGGUGAACGGCUAGUCUAUCAGCUGUUCGGACUCAGAUUUCUGCCGAGAGAUUUUAAUUGCCGGUUUUAAUUAAACUGCGGCAUGUACAACUCGGCCAAACAGCUGCAGCGCGUGCUGACAGCGCGCGAGAUUCGGAAGACGUUCCUGGACCACUUCACUCUGAACCAUGGGCACAAGUUCGUCCGCUCCAGCCCGGUGGUGCCUUUUUGUGACCCCACGGUGGCUUUCGUUAACGCGGGCAUGAAUCAGUUUAAAUCGGUAUUCCUGGGUACAGCAGAAGCGCCCUACAAACGGGUGGUCAAUUCCCAAAAGUGCGUCCGUGUUGGUGGGAAACACAAUGACCUAUCCGUCGUCGGCACAGAUGGGUAUCAUCACACUUUCUUUGAGAUGCUGGGAAAUUGGUCGUUCGGGGAUUACUUCAAGCGGGAGGCUUGUGCCAUGGCUUUGGAACUGCUCCGCGGACCCUACAAUAUCGAUCCAGGUCGCCUAUAUGUAACCUACUUUGCUGGCGAUAAGGUGCUGGGUAUACAAGCUGAUCUGGAGUGCUUUGAGAUCUGGAGAAGCUUGGGUUUUCCCUCCUCGCGGAUUUUACCAUUUGGCUGCGCAGACAACUUUUGGGAAAUGGGAGCCACUGGACCAUGUGGCCCUUGCACUGAGAUCCAUAUAGAUCAUCGUCCAGAUCUUGGAAGCGUGGAGCAAAGAGCUAAAUUAGUAAACGCUGGUCGCUCCGAUCUCACAGAGCUGUGGAAUCUUGUUUUUAUACAGUACAAUCGACACGCGGAUGGCAGCAUAUCUCAACUACCCGCCCAUCAUGUUGACACCGGAAUGGGUUUUGAGCGUUUAACUGCGGUGCUCCAAAACAAGACUUCCAACUAUGAUACCGAUUUGUUCACGCCGAUAUUUGAUGGCAUCCAACAAGAGGCUAAGGCUCCGGUUUACAGUGGAAGUUUUCCGGAUGGAGCAAAUUCAGCACUGUUGGACACCAGCUACAGAAUACUCGCCGAUCAUGCACGUAUGAUUACUGCCUGUUUGGCUGAUGGAAUGCUUCCUGAUCAGAAUCAAAAACUGCGGCGUGUGCUGCGCAAAGCUCUUAACAUUUCGGAGCAUGUUUUUGCCCAUGAAAAGUUGCUGACCCAACUAGUUCCCAUUGUGGUGGAGACUCUUGGGGAGGCUUAUCCCGAGAUGUCAGCCAAACAACAGGCAGUCAUCGACUUAAUUAACCACGAGCAAGAGGUGUACAAAAAUCUAAGAGAAAGUUCUUCCAAAGCGUUUGCUGAGGUCCUUACCGAGUUUCCCAAUCUGGACGAUAUUGAUUUAAUGGAGUGUCCAGGAUUCGUGCCCGCCUACCGAGAGUUUCAAGUGCAACGCUGCAAGUUUUCCAACAACACAAUUCCAGGGGACUUCCUUUACAAGUUAACGGACACCUAUGGGCUUACUGAAGAGAGCUUCCUCAAGCUGGCUGAAUUGGAGAACAUGAAUUGUGAUCUGGAGCGGUACAGGGCGGAGAUCAGUCUGGCCAAGAUGAAAGCCAAGGGCAUCCAGAAAGAGAUCGAGGGAUCUCCUUGCGACUUGGCUAAUGAACAACGCAUUGGCGAGGCUCAGGCUAAGUUAACAAAACGUCUGAAACCCACCGACAACAGUCACAAAUAUGCCUACUCCUUCGACAAGGAGAGUGAUUCGUACCAGAUACCUCCUCUUAAGACUCGAGUACAGGGAAUGCUCCUCAACGAUGCGGAAGUGUCACGAACCCAAGGCAGUCGCAUACAGGCUCCCUCAACCGAUCUUAUUUCAAUUGUCACUACAGCUAGCAACUUCUAUUAUGAAUCCGGAGGUCAACAAUCGGAUGGUGGAAAGAUACUUGUGAAAAAUCACCAUCAGCCAGAGAAUCCUCAUUUACUGAACGUGGUCUGUGUAAAACAUCUCAACGACUGUGUGGUUCAUGUCUGUAAAUUAUCCAGUCCCUCGGAUGCUUUUGAGUUGGCAAUCGGAGACGAAGUGGAACUGCAGGUGGAUGCCCAGCAGAGACAAUUAAACACGUGUCAUCAUACAGCCACCCAUCUGCUAAACGCUGCCAUCCGUUCACUCUUUAAGAAGGUGACCUACCAGGUGUCAAGCUCAGUGACCAGUGAUCAGUGCAAACUGGAAGUGGGUCUUCUAGGAAAACGCAUCCAGAAAACCGAUGUACAGCUCAUCGAAGAUCUGAUCAAUCGCAUCAUCUGCUCUUCCACGCCGGUUAACGUUGAGUUGCUGAGUGCCGCAGAAGUCCUCCAACAAAAUGACAUCACCAUGGUGCCCGGAGAGGUCUAUCCAGAGCAGGGAUUGCGUCUGGUCAACGUGAAUAGCCCCGAACUGCAUCUUAGCUCUAAGGAGCUGUGCUGUGGCACCCAUGCAACCAAUACCAGUGAACUAUCCUGCUUCUGCAUUGUCAAUUUAAAGCAGACAAACCGAGCGAGAUUCUCCUUCACCGCUGUGGCUGGCCAGGCGGCGGAAAAUGUGCUAAAAACUGCUGCCUUGCUUCGCCAUCGCGUGGAUCUUCUCGAGAAACAGUUUCAAACUAAUAAACUCACAAAUGCAACUGAGGGGGAACUGCAGACAAUUCGUCACAACAUGCUGCACACGGACAUUAAGCUGCCAUACGCGUUUAAGAUGGAUACGCUGGAGCGCAUCACCGAGAUGCUAAAAAGAAUCAAAGAUUCUUCUCGCACAACCCUGAAGGAAUUUGUGGAUGUGGAGAUGCGGAACCUGCUGCAGGAAAAGCCUCUGGAUACUCACCCCUUCAUCCUGCACUAUAUCACCAGCUCCGCUCUUGUGGAGGAGAUUCCUCUGCAACGGGCCACCAAACUCUGCCAGGAUCGCCCAGUUCUUGUGAUCAGCAUGUGUGAUAGCGUGGUCAAGGCGCGCUGCUGUGUACCAGCAAACUGCAUCACAGAACAAUUUAACGCUUCCGCAUGGCUGCAAUCGUUCGCAGAAACCUUUGGAGGUCAGAUAGCUGUGCCCAAGGGUCAGAAUCCGCAAGCCGUAUGCAAUAUGAAGGGCCGAAGGGUCAGCAGCAACCUUUUUGAGGAACAGCUGGAUCAGGCAAUGUCAAAGGCACACUCGUACGCUAAGCUUUAUCUGUAGGAAUUAGUUGUGAUUACCCUCCAAAUGUGCUAGCUGUAAGCUUGCCCCUUUGAAAGAAUUAAAAUGUGAAGAAUUAUUAUGUA